AUGGAGAAGGGUUUGAAGCUCGUCAAAGAACCUGAAGGAAGAAAAGUGGGCAGCACUUUAUACAAACAAAUUAUGAGAAGCUUGAUGUACUUGACAGAAACAAGGCCUGAUUUUUGCAUGUUUGACUUUGGAAUUUUUUAUCAGAUGAAAGCAGCUGGACAUUUGGUUGGUUACACUGAUAGUGACUAUGCCGGAAAUCUUGAAGACAUGAAAAGUACAUCGGGAUAUUCUUGUAUGUUGGGGUCUGGAGUUAUUUCUUGGUCUUCAAAAAAGCAACCUAUUGUUACUUUAUCGACCACAGAGGCAGAGUAUGUUGCUGCAGCAUCAUACGCUUGUCAAGCUAUUUGGCUGAGGAACAUCCUUGAAGAACUUUAUUUUAAGAAGGAAGGACCAAUGCCAAUCUAUUGUGAUAAUACUUCGGCGAUUAAUCUUUCAAAGAAUCCAGUUGAAUAUGGAUAA